CCGCCGCUCUUCCUUCCUCUGUAACCCACCACCACCCGUCCGCCAGCCCCCCAUUAAGCCUCUUCCUCUCCUCCUCCUCCAGACCUCCACCGCCACCACCUCUCCAUGCCCGCCGGCGCCAGGCCCGACCGCGACCGCGACCGCGAGGCUUCAGCGCUAGGAGCGUCCGAUAAUACCGUUGGCUAGCGGAAGAGGUGGCCUGGGGGCAUGGCGAAGCCGACGCCGGUGGCCUCGGCAGAGGAGGCGGCGGCGAUGCGGCGCCGGCUGAGGCGCCUGGUGGCCGCGGUGGCGGCCGGGAGCGCCGACGCCGAGGCCUUCGACGAGGCGGCCGAGGCGCUCGCCAAGCUCAGGGACGCCGAGCUUGGCCCCCGCAAGGACAACAGGGCAGGCGACGGCCACGGCGACGGUGGGCAGAACAGGCGCCGCACGGAGACGGAGGCCGCGGUGCCGGAGCACUUCCUUUGCCCCAUAUCCUCGGAGAUCAUGAGGGAUCCCGUCGUCCUCGCCUCCGGCCAGACGUAUGAUCGUCGUUUCAUUCAAGAAUGGUUAAGUGCUGGAAACCGGACAUGCCCGCAGACUCAACAAGUCCUUUCAAAUACAAUUAUCAUCCCGAACCACCUUGUGAGAAGCAUGAUCUCACAGUGGUGCACAGAUAAUGGGAUCACUCUGCCACCAGUUGAGAACCAAGAUGAAGAUCUGGUUACAAACAAUGAGCGAAAGACAUUUAGUAAAAUAUUUGAGAGGAUCGCAUCGUCGUCAAACCUAUCUGAGCAGAGGGAAGCCAUUAAAGAUCUCAGGCUGCUGACAAAGUGCAACAGUUCACUAAGAGCAGCCAUAGGAGAGAAACCGGAUUCAAUCUCACAGAUCAUUUCCGUAGCAUCCAACCCAGAGCUAGAAAACAAUGCAGAAGUUCUGGAGGAUAUGGUGACAACUAUUCUUAAUCUUUCUAUUCAUGAGAGCAACAAGAAGAUUAUUGGAGAUGAUCCAUUGGCAAUCCCGUUCCUCAUAAGGACCUUACAAUCAGGAACCAUGGAGGCCCGGAGCAAUGCUGCAGCUGCCAUCUUCAGUUUAUCUGCCCUUGACAGCAACAAGGUGAAGAUUGGUGAACUAGGCGUGAUGAGACCUCUGGUGGAUCUCCUCGAACAUGGCAGCAUGAUAGCGAAGAAAGAUGCAGCUUCAGCUAUCUUCAACCUCUGCAUGCUGCACGAGAACAAAUCAAGGGCCACCAAGAGUGGGGUUAUUGACGUGACCCUGAAGGCCAUCACUGAUGACUCGCUGGUGGAUGAGUCUCUGGCCAUCCUUGCCCUGCUGUCAGGUGACCACGAGACAGUAGAGGAGAUCGGCGAGACCGGCGGCGUGGCCUCCAUGCUCCAUGUUAUAAAGGAAGACCAGUGCAAGCGCAACAAGGAGAAUGCAGUUGCGGUGCUCUUCGCAGUCUGUAUGUACGACCGCACCAAACUGAGAGAGGUUGCGGAGCACGAGAAGCUGAACGGGUCCCUGGCCUGGCUCGUGCAGAACGGCACUUCAAGGGCAAGGCGGAAGGCCGUCGGGAUCCUUGACAAGAUGAAGAGGACCCUGCACCAGCCGCACUACUCGUGCUAGUGCCCCGCCUACCAUGGUUGUGUAAUUAGGGGAAUAAGGGGGGUGUUGGUUGCUUCGCUGUAUAUAUUCAGCCUGCAUAUAUAGCUAUACUCUUGUCUUUGGUUUGGUACAUAUGAGGUUAUAAUACAGUUUUCGUCCCGCAGAGUAAGUGGUGGUUUUCCCUCUGAAACGUUAUUGUUCAUCUGAAAUUUUGCGGUUCACAUGUUUCUUCAGGGUCUUUGCACAUGGUCCUGAAUCAUAUCUGGUGCCGUACAUGGAUUUUUUUUGUCACAGAAAUAUGGGUGGUGUUUGCUCA